AUGCGUCCCUUCCGAUUCCUCCUCUUGUUGAUCAUCUUCGUUGCUCUGCCCAUGGCCUUGACUUGCUGGUCUCUCUUCGCUUCCGUCGACAACGCUGCGGACUCUUUUCAUCCCGGCUACAACACGAGGUCAAGUCGUUUCACAUCCUUAUUCUCCUUCUCAACACCCUCGUCUCUUUUUCCGCCCUCCGCUGUCAUCAGCCUUACCAACGACAAUUCUACAUUCUUCCUUGCUAGGCCCGCUGCUUUUGGCCCAAGUCUACCCUCAAAUGGCUUGAGUGGUCAGCUAUGGGUGGGAAAAGGCUUUGGGGAUGAUAGUCUAUUAAAAGAGGAGAGCAUUCAUGUCACUGGUUGGGAGCUUGGCUGUUCCGAUGUUCCAGGAUGGGGCGAGUCGGUGCAUAAACACCUGCAGCACUCAGCUCCCGAUCGGAACAAGAAGAAAACUGCAGCCUUACCUCGUGACUUCCCCCCAAAUGGCCGCUCAGCCGACCAUACCAACGAUGUCUCGAGUUCUCCUUCUGAUAACUUACCAACGACCGAUGAUGGAACAGACGAUUAUCUUCAUCACCCUCUGAAAGAUUCGAACCCUGCUACCCCUGGCCAUCUCGGUGAGCCCGCCAACGUGGAUCAGGCCGACAAAACCAAGCAGGCCACUCACGCCGACAUCGAGUCCCUCCAAGAAAGUGCAGCUAUCGCUGGUAAGGUCGUCAUGCUUGCCCGAGGUGGCUGUGGCUUCCUUGAAAAAGUGAAGUGGGCUCAGCGUCGCGGCGGUAUUGCUGUUAUUGUUGGAGACAAUGAGCGUGGCGCCCAACUCACCAUCAUGUAUGCUAAGGGGGAUACCUCGAACAUCACUGUUCCCGCUUUAUUUACCUCAUAUACCUCUGCUCAUCUUUUGUCCUCUCUUGUCCCACCAGAAGAUAAGGAUGAGGUUAUGAUUGAUAGCCAAAAACCUUCACAGUCUUCUGCAGAGAAAGGUUCAAUCCAGAAACCCGAUGAUAGCAAACCAGUAUUUACCUCAACAAAACCUGGCUCCAGACAGCCAACAAAUGUUCCUGUUGGAGAUUCCGUGGGCAACCAGCCCGAUGAGGACAAGACAUGGGUCAAGAAUGUGCUCUCAGCCAUUGGAUUGAGUGAAAAUUCUCCCUUUUCACAUGCUGAAGACAGCCGAAGACCGCCAAGCAGCGGAAACAUCGAUUGGGUACUGCUAGAGGAUUGGGAUGAUGACCACCCUGUCGACUCACCCAACAAGCCUCCUUCUAUCACCGUUAGUGAUUGGGAUGCCACUCCGACCCCUGCACCACGUGCUAAAAGCACCACCUCGCGGAAGAUUGACAGCGAUGACUUUGUUAUCGGUGUUCAAGAUUGGCGAGAUGCAGACUUGGUUGCUCCUUUACCCACACCCGGGUCAACUGAAACUGUUAAGAAAGCAAAGAACGUCAAAGAUGGAGCACCAGAGACCUUGAAUGGCAUCAAACCCACUUCUACCCCAGCCGCCACUCUUAAAGGAGGGAGUAUUACCCCCGGAAGCGGGGAGUAUGACCACGGGAGUUCAGAUCAGGCCAGCGACCUUUCCCAACAGCGAAACAGGCCCGCAAGACCCCAGCCAAACAGAGAAGACCGACCAUCUCAAGGAGAACCCUCAGAGGGCUCAUGGCUUGAUUUCUUCAAGCCCAGUGAGGUGAAUGCAGAUGCCAGCAAUGAGGGCACAUCCAGAGACUCAACAGCCGACGAUCAUAAAGUGAAUGGCGCUUCAAGCCGGAAAUCCGGGGAUGAAGACAAUCACGAGGGGCUGUGGGUGACUUUGACUCCAACGAGUGUCUCCACCAAUCCUUUCUUUGAUACCUUGCUUGUCCUUGUUGUUAGUCCAUUGGUUACCUUGACUGUGGUGUACGCCCUACUAUUGCUUCGCUCCCGCAUUCGUCGAAGGAGGUGGCGAGCACCAAAGUCUGUAGUCGAGCGACUGCCUGUUCGCACUUAUCAUACCAUGACAACCACCUCCUCCACUACAUCCUCACAAAUAGCAUCUCCUGAGGCAUUCUCACCUACCUCCCCGCUUCUCAUUUCCACUUCUCAAGACAUCUCACGCCGGCCAACAAACCCUAACCGCACUCGCUCCCAGACGACGAUAGGUGUCUUUCCUAGUGCCAGCGUUGAUGGUGGGCUUUCACGACCCACCACGAGAAGUUCACCCGCGGAAAAGACAGCCUCCCCAUCCAAGAUUACGAAACGAAAACGCUAUACCGGCCGACAGGUUGAGUGCGUGGUUUGUUUGGAAGAAUAUGUUGAUGGCGAAAGUCAAGUCAUGUCCCUGCCUUGUGGCCACGAGUUUCAUGCCGACUGCAUCACACCAUGGCUGGUUACUAGAAGACGAACGUGCCCCAUUUGCAAGGGAGACGUAGUGCGAUCACUUGCCAGAGCCGGCUCAGCCAGAUGGGAGGAUGAAAUGCUUCAAGAACACACGACUGAUGAUGUUCAGAGUCUCGUUGCGGAGACUACAAAUGACGAACCUAGUGCAGCCAUUCCGAUACCGACUCGGACCGAGGAGGAUCGAAUAGAUGAUGACGUAGAGCAAGGCAGGGAUAUCGAAGAGCCAUUGAUGGGUGGUUCGCGCGACCAGCAAUCCGAUCGGCACGGUGAACGACAGUCCCUCUGGAGAAACAUUGUCAGUGCUUCUGUCAGUCGACUCAGUGGUGACACGUUAUGGCGGCAAACACCCGUCGAUCGGAAUCGGUAA